GCCUCUGAGUGCUGCCCCCCACCAGGACAAGGAAACCAGGCUCCCGACCGUGUUUCCCUGUGGACAGGCACCGUCCAGCAUUGUUAUUAUUACAGCAUUCUGAGCGCCCACUGCGGACCUGGCUCCCAGUUGCUGCCCAGCCAGGGGAACUCGAACUCACGCUCACCACUCUUGGUCAGGGAGGCGGAGACCCUUGAAAGGCACCCGGGAACGUCUAGGACGAGGGCUCUUUAAGACGGGGGAGGAGUUUCGCGAGGAGCGGAGCUGGAGCGGACCGGAAGUGCAAGACCAGGGCGGCCCUCAAACAGGAAGCGGAAGUGGUGGCGGCCGCACAGAUUCUUGGACCCGAGAUAGGCUGUAGGGUUUUGGGGGGCAAACAGGCCGAGUUUGAGGCCGACUGUGAGGCCCCGGCAGGAGGGAAGGCGAGUCGGGGACCGGGGAUGAGCGCCAAGGGCAAGAGACGCGUGGUGCUGCCCACGCGCCCCGCGCCUCCCACGGUGGAGCAGAUCCUGGAGGACGUGCGCAGGGCGCCCGCCCACGACCCCGUUUUCACCGCCCUGGCGCCGGAAGGUAGGAGGGUGCGGAGCCCCGGGUCCAGCCUGCGGGAGUCGGGCAGCCCUGGCGCCGGCCCCCGGGGACGGAUCUGUCGCCGGCCCUCCCGACUCCGUCAAGUGGGGUCACGCAAAGCAAAGCGGGGGGCCGACCCCCCGGAUCCCUCCCCACGGACCGAGGACCCUGAGGCCAGGUACGAGCAGAUCUACCAACAGAGCCGAGCCUACGUGGCCAUGAACGAGAGGCUGCGGCAGGCGGGGGACAGGCUGAGGCAGAAGUUCGAGGACCUUCGGCAGGCUGGGCAGAGGCUUGAAGAGGAUGUUAGCCAGGUGACCUCAGCCACCUCCUAGAGCCGAGGCUACCGCUGCGGCGCUCUGUCCAAGGCCAGGCAUCUGGCUGACCACCGGAGGCUCUGGGUCAACAUCGGCUGCCCCAGCACUGGACUGGGGGGGGGGGCUCCCAGUGCCUCACUCGGCAGGCUUUGGGUCUUGGUUCCCUCUUCCAUCCUUGGUGGCCUCUAAUUCGGGGUGGAUCAGGGACGUGGCCACCUCCUCGUUCAUGGGGGCACCGGCCCGGAUUGCAUCUAGGACUUGGCUGGAGGUCGGGCUCAGAGCCAGCCUGCCCCACAGGGACCAGCCCUCAGCCGCUGUGCCCUGGUCCCACCUCCUGCCCCAUGCCGCCCUGGGCAGCCAGGGUCUCCAUCCCCAGCAGGUUAGGACCUGUAUGUCAGCGUCACCUCCGUUGAGAAGAUAGACGGACAGCCCCCUUCCUGGAGCCUGGCUGCGGCGGCCUUACCUGCUCCUGGUCCCAUCUCCCCAGGGCUGGAGGAACACAGCAAGGGGGUUUUCGCUCUGGGAAGUCCACGGGUACUGGAAGGGCCCAAAGCGGGGACAGUACAGGGAUCUCUGCAGGUCCCUGCAGCAUGCAAGCUCAGCUGGGCACCCAUAAGACGCCCAUGUGGACCUGGGGUUCGGUUGACCUUCUUGCUGAAGCUCCACCGCUCUAGGGUGGGCAGGCUUUGUUUCUGGAACAUUGGAGUUUGAUUCUAGAGCUCAAACCUCCCCGCAGUUGGACACUGGAUCACUGGGCCCAAGUCCAUGCCAGCCCCUUCGCGCCUUAGGGGUCGGCCACCCCACGUGACUUCUCACAUCCCAAGCUGGCUGGGACUAUGUCAGAAAUGGCCUUGGCUUGUGGCCACCUUAUUCCUGCCGUUCCCCAUUCCUAGGAGUCACAGAGAGAUAUUUAUUCUGGGUGGCCGGUGGCUGGUGUCCUAGAGCAAAUGGCCAGGUGUGGCUCGGCUGACCCUGAAUCAGCCUUGGCUUUAGCAUGUGUGGACCCGGUGCAGUGACCAGUCGGCAGGGGGCUCAGGUCUGUGCACCAGCGCCUUGUGGGGUUGGACUGUAUCUCCAGUAGAAGGUUCUGGAACAACCUCCCCACUCCAGAGCCCAUGUUGAAGAUGAGAGCCUUGGGCAGCCCCAGAGCGACUCAGCGACUGAUUUUAUUAAAGAUGUGAACAAGAACCAGAA